AUGUUGCUCAAAAACUUGAUUCCUCGUUUUUCUUCUUCUCCUUCUUUGUUCACAAAACCAGGUAAAGUGACUACAGCUAUUCCACAAUAUUUAGCACUUAAAGUAACCCAGCUUGAGAAAUUCCUGAAAAAUGAUUGUAAAGAAGGUAAUGUCACUCUUGAUGAAGCACGAUAUUUCUUUGGAUACAUGAUUCAUAUGCAACCCAAACCACCAAUUUCAUCAUUCCACCGGUUAUUUGGAGCACUGGCUAAGAAAAAGUUUUAUGAAGACGUUAAUUUGCUUUACAAGCGAGUGGAUUCAAUGGGGUUGUUGCCAGAUUUAAUUACUUUGACUAUUCUGAAUCAUUGCUUUUGCAAUGUGGGUCGAGUUUGUGAUGUUUUUGUUGUUUUUGGGAGGAUUUUGAGCUGGGAUUCUAGCCCUAGUGUUGUGACUUUUAAUUCUUUUAUUAAAGGUUUGUGUUUGGAGAAUAGGAGUAUGGAGGCUGAGGAGUUGUUCAAGAAAACGGCUGUGUUUGGGGUUAGGCCUAACGUGAUUACAUGUGGGACUUUGAUUAACGGGUUGUGUAGAACAGGUGAUACCAGUAUUGCACUUAGGAUACACGAAGAGAUGGUGGAUCAAGGUUUGCAGCCUAAUGUGGUGAUGUAUAAUACAGUGAUAAGUGGGUUUUGCAAGGAGGGGAAGAUGGAAGAAGCUAAUGGGUAUUUGGAAUUAAUGAUUCAAAGAGACAUAUUUACUUAUACAACUUUGAUGGAUGGUUAUUGCUUGCUGCAUAGAUCUAAUGAUGCAAAGGAGCUGCUAAUCUUUAUGGAGAGUAAGGGUUGUAAGCCUGAUGGAUUUGUUGUUUUUAGUUUGGAGGCUAUGGAGUUGUUCAAGAAAAUGGCUGUGUUUGGGGUCAGGCGUGACGCGCUUACGUAUUGGACAUUAAUUAAGCGGUUGUGUCAGACAGGGAACACUAGCAUUGUGCUUAGAUUGCAUGAAGAAAUGGUUGCUGGUAAUGGUGAAGGGGUUGUUAUCUGCAAGCCUGAUAUUGUUUCUUAUGGUAGUAUUAUAGAUGGUCUUUGCAAAGAUGGGUUGGUAGAUAAGGCAAAAGAAUUGUUUUUGGAAAUGAAGGGGAAGACAAUUAAGCCAGAUGUGGUUGUUUUUAACUCUCUAAUUUACGGUUGUUGUUUUGUGGGAAAUUUGGAGGAGGCUAAAGGCUUGUUUGUUGAGAUGGCAGAUCAAGGUUUGCAGCCUAAUUUGCUGGCGUAUAAUACAAUGGUAAGUGGGUUUUGCAAAGAGAGGAAGAUAGAGGAAGCUAAUUGGUUGUUGGAAUUGAUUAUUCAAAGAGGUUUGGAAAUUAGAAAAUGCUAUCAGUCUUUAUAUGGGAAUGAUUUCAAAGGGAAUUAA